UUGUACGAAUCUCCAAUUUGACAACUUGCAAAAUCAGUGAACUGAGAAGAAAAACGCACCGUAUAGCAUUGGCGCGAGUUGCUCGGAAUUAGAAGAAAUCCCUAACCCUAACGGCUAGAUCAAUCCCAAUUCUCUCAUUCGAUUCACCUCAAAUAUGGCCAAUGAAUCUGAAUCCGAAGUCUGUGAUAAUGCAAUUCCACCACCAAAAAUUCGCAAAAGAGAGUGUGAGGAUGAAGAUCAGGAGGAAGUGAUUACAAAGAAGCAGAAGAGAGAUGAUGUUGUUGUAAAGCAAGAGAAUGAGGAAGAAAUUAAUCCAGAUUAUUCUGAACAUGAUAAUAAACUUGAAGCGGAAAAUGAAUCUGCUACUGGUUGUGCUACUUUGGAAUCAUUGGAUGAUGGUAGCGCAGAUUCUGACUCUCCCAGAAGCUUUGGUGAGGAUAAUCCUGAAGAUUUAGAGAGUCCAGAGUACAACGAGGAAAAAAUUUCCAAAACACCUCAGGAAAGGCAUGAAACCCCAGUCACACUAACUGGAAAAUAUGCUGAAUCGAAGACAAUAUUUGUUAGAAACCUGUCAUAUAGUGUGGAACGGACUGAUAUGGAAGAUAUUUUCAAAGAUUGCGGUGAAGUUGUUGAUGUUCGAUUCAGCAUAGAUCCCGAAGGGAGGUUUAGAGGCUUUGGACAUGUUGAGUUUGGAACAGCAGAAGCAGCACAAAAAGCCCUUAAAUUGGAUAAUACAGAAUUAUUGAAUCGUCACAUCAAAGUUAGUAUAGCUGUAGAAAAGAGUGAUUAUCCCCCCUAUAAAAGCAACUUGAGCAGCUCAUUCCAUAAGGUUGGAAAUCUUCAAUCUCACACUGUAAAGGGUUUUGACGCAUCCCUUGUAGAAAACAAGCCUAAAAGUCCAGCUACACCAAAUGAAACAAAUGGUGCAUCAAAGACCAUAUAUGUCAGAAACUUGUCAUACUCCGUGGAACGAGCUAAUAUGGAAAAUCUUUUCAAAGAUUGUGGAGAAAUCGUUGAUGUUCGUCUCCAUACAGAUCGCGAAGGAAAGUUUAAAGGCUAUGGACAUGUUCAGUUUGCCACAGCAGAAGCAGCACAAAAGGCUCUUGCGUUGAACAAGAAAGUAUUUUUUAAUCGUCUUAUGUUUGUUGGUUUAGCUCAGGAAAGGGGUAAAUAUUCCCCUAAUAGAAGCAGCUGGUCCUGGAGCAGCUUAUUCCAUAAGGAUGAAAAAAUUCAGUCUCAAACUGUACCUGUGAAGUGUUUUGAUACAUCCCUUGCGGAAGACAAAUUGACUUGUGCAAAGGAGGAGGUUAAAGAUAUAGAGAUGUUUGAUGCUGCCCCUGCUGAGAGUAAAGUUCCUGAAACCCCAUCUAUCGGAAAAGCGAAAAAUGAUGCAUCAAAAACAAUAUGUGUUAGAAAUUUGUCAUUCGAUGUGGAACGGGCUGAAAUUGAAAAUAUUUUCAAAGAUUGCGGAGAAGUUGUUGAUGUCCGACUCCAUGUGGAUGUUGAGUUUGCAACCGCAGAAGCAGCAGAAAAGGCUCUUGAGUUGGAUAACACAAGAUUAAUGAACCGUCCCAUCAAAGUUGGUACAGCUUCAGAAGAGGGUGAAUGUUUCCCGAACAGAGGCUCGAGCAUCUCAUUCCAGAAGGCCGAAAGUUUUCAGCCUCUAACUGUAUUUGUGAUUGGAUUUGAUACAUCCGUUGCAGAAGAGAAGAUAAAAGCUAGCCUGUAUAAGCAUUUCUGUUCUUGCGGAGAGAUUACAAGGAUCUCAAUACCAAAAUUUCCUGAUUCUGGUACUGUUAAGGGGUUUGCUCAUUUGGACUUCAAGGAUACUGUUGGCUAUAAUAAAGCACUAAAACUUGAUCAAACUGCCAUUGGAAAUCAUUGGCUGGCAGUUGAAAGAGCAAAGCCAAGGAUAAGACGUGAUAAUUAUGGUAUAGGUGGUGGUAGAGGUGGCUAUCACGUCGGUGGUAGGGAUGCAGGAGACCAUGGCGGGAGAACUGGAUGGGGCAGAAGUCAUGGUGCAGGGAGGCACUGGACAGCCAAUACCGAGCACUGGUGAAGGCACAGGUAUUAAUUUUUCUACAUUGAGGCGAGAAGAAGGGGUAUUAAUUUUUGUAUAUAUAUUAUUUCAUAGUCAUGUAUUGUAAGUUUAUUUAUUCAUUAUGAUUGCUAAAUGUAUUUGGAGCUUUCUUUUCAACUUUUUAGGCAUUAUGCCCUUGGCCGAGCAUUUCGAGUACGUUAUUAUAAACUUCAUCUUUUAAUUAAACUUUGAAUUAGUAAGUGCUGUAAA